GCAUCGUGGAAAAGAAGGUGGGCCCAUGCGGUUCAUGCCCGUUGAAACCGCCACUCGAGAUAAGUUAGAGGAGGUACCUCCGUAUGGAUAUCCCCGAGAUAAGCCGGCACCACGGGAAGAUAGGGAAAAACUAGCGGCAUAUUUACCGAGUCACUUGUUACAAUCUCCAUCAUCUCAUCCCAGACGCUACAUACCUAAAUCAACAAAUGAUCGACCGCCAAGAUGAUACCUCCAGACGACAUCGAAAAGGGCCGUGACGCGGCCGCAGACGAACAAGUCGUCGCCGACGUGUCCGACUCAUCACAUGACAACAACAAAAACAAAAACAACAACAUCAACUACAGCAAUGGCAGCGGCGGCCUCCUCUCCAAACUGCGCGCCCUGGAGUCGGCGAUGGACCGCAAACUCGGCGUAGAGAGCGCCGCCAUCGACCGGAAGACGGCGUCGGACAAGACGCGCGCGCCAUGGCACGAGCAGCUGACCAUGGCGCUGCUGUGGGCCAGCGGGACGAUGAACGUCAGCUGCUUCGCGACGGGCUUCCUGGGGUGGGAGUUCGGGCUCAGCCUGCGGCAGAGCAUCCUGCUGUGCGUGUUCGGGUCGCUGCUCGGCGGCGCCGUGACGGGCUUCUGCGCGACCUUUGGCGCGCCGACGGGUCUGCGCCAGAUCUCGGUCGGCCGCUUCAGCUUCGGCUGGUGGCCCAACAAGCUGGUCGCGCUGCUCAACACGGUGCAGCAGAUCGGCUGGAGUUCUGUUGGGUGUAUUACCGGGGGGCUGGCGCUCGAGGCCGUGGCGGACGGGCGCAUCAGCAUUGCCGUCGGCGUGGCUGUGAUUGCGGUCGUGUCGCUCCUGGUCAGCUUCGUCGGGCUGCGCGCCAUCCUGGUGUAUGAGCGGUACGCGUGGUUUGUGUACCUCGUUAUCUUCCUCAUCAUCUUCGGCAUGACGGGCCCGUACGCCGACAACACCACCCCCGCCGCGGGAUCGGCCGCCGACGUCUCGGGCAACGUGCUCAGCCUGCUCGCCAUCGUGUACGGGUCGUCGGCCAGCUGGGCGACCAUUGCGUCGGACUACUACGUGCACUACCCCGUCGACACGUCGCGCGCGAAGGUGUUCGUCAUGACCACGCUGGGCGUGUCGGUGCCCACGGCGAUCGGGAUGGUGGCCGGCUGCGUGGUAUCGUCGGCACUCAACCGCCGCGCCGACUGGAAGGCGGCCUACGAGGAGGGUAUCGGCUACCUGAUCCAGGACAUGCUGCACCCGCACGGCUUCGCCAAGUUCUUGCUGGUCCUGCUCGUCCUGUCGGGCAUCAACUGCAACAUCCUCAACACGUACAGCGCCGCGCUCAGCUGCCAGCAGUUUGCGCGGCCGUUUGCGCGCGUGCCGCGCUUCCUGUGGACCGUCGCCUGCUUCGCCGUCAUCCUGGUGCUGGCCAUGGUCGGCCGCGACCACCUCAACGCCUACCUGCAGAACUUCCUGUCGCUGCUGGGCUACUGGUGCACCAGCUACGCCGUGGUCCUGUGGAUCGAGCACUACCUCUUCCGCCGCGGCAGCUUUGCGCGCUACGACCUCGACGGCUGGAACGACCCGGCGCGGCUGCCGCACGGCGUCGGCGCGGCGGUUGCUUUUGGCCUGGGCGUUGUCGCCUGGGUCAUGGGCAUGGUCCAGACGUGGUAUGUCGGGCCGCUGGGCAGGCUCAUUGGCUCGUAUGGGGGCGAUGUCUCGAAUGAGUUUACCUUGGUGGUGACGGUGCUGGCAUAUAUCCCGGCAAGGUUUGCCGAGUUGAAGUAUUUUGGGAGGUGACGUCCUUUUCUGAGAUAGAGUAUAAUACCCUGUGUAGCUUGAAAACUAAAGCCGGCUAAAUAAUAAGCAAGAACAUAAGGAACCCAUGAGACACCGAGGUACCUAACUUAGGUAAAUUCGACCACCAUAGCAACGGUUUGUGGUUG